UCCGUAGUCAGUUUGGUUCCAGUUGGUUCCGUUAGGGUGUGUGUGUGUGUGUGUUACGUUUCCCGUUCUCAUUAUCGAGGCAAUGAAGUACACGCGGGUGCUCAUCGUCGCAUUGGCGCUCGCAGGAGCCUCUGGCCAGUCGCCCAUAGGCAAGGUGAUCGAGCUUCUGUCGAACCUGGAGGCGCAGAUCAAGAGGGAGGCUGAAGAGUCUGCCAAGCUCAACAGCGAGAAGGAGGGGUGGUGCAAGGACACUUCCGUCAACCUCGGCUUCGAGAUAAAGACGGGGUCAAGCGAGGUUGAGAAGUUGAAGGCAGCGAUCGGCAAGGAGGCCGCCACUAUCAGCUCCCUGACCAGCAAAGUGGAAGUCUUGGCGGCGACGAUCGCUAAAAACGACGCGGACCUUGCGGCGGCCACCAAGAUCAGGGGAGAAGAAGCUUCGGACUUCGCUGCCGAGGAAAAGGAGCUCACUGAUACCAUCAGCGCACUCCAGAGGGCAAUCGGCAUCUUGCAGAGGGAGAUGUCCAAGGCCGGUGGAGCUGCCUUCGUCCAGGUCAAGAGCGCCGCGUCUGUGAUCCAGGCGUUGCAGGCAUUGGUGAAGGCCUCCGCGUUCAGCGCCGCCGACGCCAACACCCUCACAUCUUUCGUGCAGAACACCCAGGGGGGCGAGGAUAGCGACGAGGAGCCUGGCGCCCCAGAGGCCGCCACUUACACGAGCAAGAGCGGCAGCAUCGUGGACGUGCUGGAGGACCUUUUGGACAAGGCGACCGCGCAGCUGGACGCCUCGCGCAAGAAGGAGACCUCGGCCAGGCAUAAUUUUGAGAUGCUCGCUCAAUCGCUCAAGGACGAAAUCGAGUUCUCCACCAAGGACAUGGGCGAGGCCAAGAAGUCCGCCGCCGCUAGCGGCGAGGCCAAGUCCCAGGCCGAGGGGGCGCUGGCUGCCGGGUCCAAGGACCUGGCGGGCGACAAGGCCGCCCUCGAGGAGCUGAAGAAGGAUUGCGCAGCCCACGCCGACGACUACGCCGCGGAGGCUUCGAGCCGCGCCGAGGAGCUGAAGGCGGUGCAGGCGGCGAAGAAGGUGCUGUCCGAGACAACCAGCGGCGCCGGGGAGGUCGCCUACGGCCUGAGCCAGACCACCCCCUCCUUUCUGCAGUUGGGCCGCUCGAGCGCCGCCGUCCGCUCAGGGGCCGACCUGGCCAACUUCGAGGCAGCGCGUUUUGUCCGCGAGCUCGGGCGCAGGUUCCACUCGCCAGCGCUGGCGCAACUCGCUCAGCGCAUGUCGUCGGCGAUGCGCUUCAGCUCCGCGAGCGGCGAGGACCCGUUCACAAAGGUCAAGUCUCUCAUCGGAGACAUGAUCCAGAAGCUCGAGGCCGAGUCUGGGGCGGACGCCAAGCACAAGAAGUACUGCGAUACAGAGAUGGCCGAUACGACGGACAAGCAGGACGAGAAGACCACUUUGGUUGAGAAAUUGACCACGAAGAUCAAUCAGAUGACUGCCAGGUCCGCUGCUCUCAAGGACAGCAUCGCCACUCUGCAGAAGGAGCUCUCCGAGCUGGCGGCCUCGCAGGCGCAGAUGGAUAAGAUGAGGGCUGCCGAGAACGAACUCUUCCUCGAGCAGAAGAAAGAGCUGACGACGGGGAUCUCGGGCGUGCGGACGGCGAUGAAGACGCUGCGCGAGUACUACGGCGGUGGAGCCAAGGACCACGCGGCGGCCUCGGAUGCUGGUUCGAGCAUCCUGGGGCUGUUGGAAGUCUGUCUGUCGGAUUUCACCAAGAGCCUCGCGGAAGCUACCGCCACAGAGGACAGCGCCGCGUCCGAGUAUUCGUCGACCACAAUGCAGAACAAGAUCGAGAAGACAGCCAAGGACCAGGAUGUCAAAUACCAGGGGAAGGAGGCUGCCGAUCUCGACAAGGCGGUGGUCGAGGCAACCUCCGAUCGGGCGUCGACGCAGGAGGAGCUGGACGCAGUGCUGGAGUACCUCGCGAAGCUCAAGGACAUGUGCGUCGCGAAGCCCGAGACGUACGCCGAGCGUGCGGACCGCCGCGCUGCCGAAAUCUCUGGGCUCAAACAAGCGCUGUCUAUCCUCGAAGGCGAGGCCUUGCUGAUUCAGCGCAAGACGCUGAGGGGGCGCGUCUGAUCGGAGCAGCCCGGUAGAGCGGCCGCGCCGCUGUAUGGGUUCCUCAUCUCUCGGCUAAGGGUGCUCGAACCGUCCCUCCCUCGCUCCCUCCCUCGCCCCACCUCCGCGUCAGGUGCUCGAUUCUGACCGCUUGUGAAACCACACCGCCCAACUCUCGCGCAGGAGCUUGCCGAAGACUAGCGGUUCACAGGGGGUCUGCGGUGGAACACGGUAGGCUCCCGUUGAAUUUCGGGUGGGCAGGUUGCCCUCUUGUCUCCUCCCCUCCCCCCUCCUGCCUCCUGCUUCUCCUCCUGCUUCCUCAAUCCCGAC